AGAGCAUUUUGGUUUAGUAUUAGAUAACGUCAAGCUAGAUCAACUAGACAUAGAAAUCAGAAAAAAAUAUCGAUAAUGAAUUUUGUUUUCUUGGCACUGAAUUUGAUAUAUCUAGUUAGUGCAAAUGACACUUACCAUAGUAAUCAGAAUGCUGAAAUUCUUCGUAAACUCGCGGAUUUAGAAAACAAAGUAUCAGUUCUCGACGAGAAACUAGAGUCAUGUCCGAGCGGAAUCCUAAAUCCCGAAUCAGACGGAGAAAUCAGAGACAGACGCAUUGUGCCUCAAGGCGCAGCCUCUCCAGUUGCUUUCUAUGCACAUCUUUCCAAAGAUCUGACGAAUCUGGGAUUAUACCAAGCCAUUCACUUUGACGAAGUUCUUUUGAACGAGGGUAAUGGAUAUUCAGUUCAUGCUGGCGAGUUCGUGGCCCCGGUUCCCGGUCUCUACGUUUUUUCUUGGACUAUUUCAGUCAGCAAUCGAAUGUGCUUGAAAUAUGAAGUGGUUAAAAAUAGUGCCGUUUUGUCUUAUUUCAUAAGUGAUGCUUAUGAUCACGAUGAUUGGGCCGUGUCUUCAGGUACAGCUAUCACUCGGAUUAACACCGAUGAUCGCGUCUGGAUCAGAACGUCCGACUUUCUAACCUGUUCCCAUACCGUUAAAGGCGUUGGAUAUGGUACAUCGUCUUUCACUGGGUUCUUGCUUCAUUAGAACGAUCUAUUUCAAAAUCAAAAUAAUUUUCUUAUUAUGUUCAGACGUACCAUGAUUAUGAAUUGAAACAUUUUGAAAUAAAAGAAAAGCCUCUCUC